ACUUCCGGUGUCGAGUGAACGCGGCUAGAAAGCUGUUAGAGGAGUUGGGGAGUACGCAGAUGUCGGCGCUUCGGCACGUCGUGUGCGCCCUGUCUGGCGGUGUGGACAGCGCGGUAGCCGCACUGCUGUUGCGGCGGAGAGGUUACCAGGUGACAGGGGUGUUUAUGAAGAACUGGGACUCCCUGGAUGAACAAGGUGUUUGUGCUGCUGACAGGGACUGUGAAGAUGCUUAUAAAGUUUGUCAGAUCUUAGACAUCCCUUUCCAUCAAGUGUCCUAUGUGAAGGAGUACUGGAAUGACGUGUUCAGCGACUUUUUGAAUGAGUAUGAGAAAGGAAGGACUCCCAACCCUGACAUCAUCUGCAAUAAGCAUAUCAAGUUCAGUUGCUUUUAUCAUUAUGCUGUGGACAAUCUUGGAGCAGAUGCUGUUGCCACUGGCCACUAUGCAAGAACCUCACUAGAUGAUGAGGAAGUUUUUGAGCAGAAGCACAUUAAGAGACCAGAGGGGCUGUUCAGAAAUCGAUUUGAAGUCAGAAAUCCCGUAAAACUUCUCCAAGCAGCUGACAGCUUUAAAGACCAGACCUUCUUUCUCAGCCAGGUUUCCCAGGAUGCCCUGAGAAGAACCAUCUUCCCCCUGGGGGACCUAACAAAAGAUUUUGUAAAGAAAAUAGCUGCAGAGAAUAGACUCCAUCAUGUGCUUCAGAAGAAAGAGAGCAUGGGCAUCUGCUUCAUUGGUAAAAGAAACUUUGAGCGUUUCAUUCUUCAGUAUUUGCAGCCUCGGCCUGGCAAGUUUAUUUCUGUCGAGGAUAAUACAGUUCUGGGAACACAUAAAGGCUGGUUCCUGUAUACUUUGGGCCAGAGAGCUAAGAUCAGCGGCUUGAGAGAGCCCUGGUACGUGGUGGAGAAGGAUGGCACCAAGGGUGACGUGCUUGUGGCUCCCCGGGGAGACCACCCUGCUCUGUACAGGGACCUGCUCAGGACCAACCGUGUACACUGGAUUGCCGAGGAACCACCUGCUGCCUUGGUCAGAGACAAGAUGAUGGAGUGCCAUUUCCGAUUCUACCACCAGAUGGCACUAGUGCCCUGUGUGCUGACACUCAAUCAGGAUGGCACUGUGUGGGUGACGGCUGUGAAGGCUGUGAGAGCCCUUGCCCUGGGACAGUUUGCAGUGUUCUACAAGGGUGAUGAGUGCCUUGGCAGUGGGAAAAUCCUACGGUUAGGGCCAUCUGCCUACACACUCCAGAAGGGCAAGAAGAGAACCGGAGUGGCUCCUGAGGUCUCCAGUGACAGCCCUGGCCUGCACCCUACAUCCUGACAAAGGCCAAACUGCUAGGAGACGUUAGAGCAGAGUCUGGGGCAAGUUGGUCAGUGAUGGGCUUGGUGCUGCUAGAAGACAAUGGUCUGGCUGGCUGCAGAGCCAUGGCAGCCUGAGGAAGGAGUAUCUCUGUGCUGGUGCUCCAGUAAGCCUGAAGCAGAUGCUGGCUGCUGGCUUCGCCUUGAGGGUCCUGCUGAAGCUCCCCCAAAGGAGGCCUCCACAGUGUGUGAGGGUUGUGAAGGAACAGAAUCAAAUAAAACUAUCAAAAUCUGA